GUGCGAACUAUUGCGUAAAAAAUAUUUUGAUAAAAUGGCGGAAAGUACAAGCAAUGAUCAGUCCACUAAAUCACUUGUAGAAAUUUUGAAUAUAGACCCAGAACUGGCAAAAUAUUAUUUAACUAGAGCAAGAUGGAGUAUAGAGGGUGCAAUCAACGAGUUCUACUCUGACACAUUAAAUGAUACUCAACCACAUGGACAAGAAAAGCCACCACCACCAACUUAUUUGGAGACUGUUCGGCCUACAAGUAGGUCUAGGAUGCUGAAACUUCUUUGCUGGAAUCUUGAUGGAUUGGAUUUAGAGAAUCUUGAUGAAAGAACAGUGGCAGUGCUUGAAAGUAUUCUAUUAAAGAAACCGGAUGUUGUUCUUUUACAAGAAGUUGUUGAUUUUUCAUUGAAAAUUCUUCAAGAAAAGUGUCAUGGUUACCUGGUGUUGGCUGGUGACAAGUUAGGUUCCUAUUUUAAUGCCAUAUUAAUACGAAGUGAUACUGUUGAGACAAAGGAAACAUCACUGAAGGUGGUUCCUUUUGAGAAGAGCGUCAUGGGGCGACAUUAUCUCAUUCAACCAAUUAAGUUCUUUAAUGCAAAGAUUGUUUUGAUGACAUCACAUCUUGAAAGUUGUGGAGAAUAUUCUGGAGAACGAAAAAGGCAGUUGUCAGAAAUUUUAGAUUACAUAAAACGUCAAAAUGAAAAUUUUAACGUUAUCUUUGGGGGAGACACAAAUCUUCGUGACAAAGAAGUUAAGGAUUUGGGAGGGAUUCCUAUGGGUAUUUUUGAUGCUUGGGAGAGCUGUGGUAGUGAGCUGACUACCAAGUACACAUGGAAUAUGGCUGAAAAUGAUAACCUUGGAAGAGAAUUUCGACCACCUCCAAAAUUGCGUUUUGACAGAAUAUUUAUUCGACCUGCUAAGGGAGAAACAGCAAUACGACCAAAUUCCUUUUCUUUGAUUGGAAAAGAACGUUUAGGCAACUGUGGACGUUUUCCAAGCGAUCAUUGGGGAAUUUGGUUGGACCUACGAGUAGAGUGACAUUGUUAUACUGUUAACACUUUCAUAGUAGCUUUCAAUUUUAUUGUUCAAAUAAAUUAGAGCAAUAACGUGUAGUUAAGGUAUACUUUGAUUUUUAACUUUCAGUUAAAAUUCAACAUUUGCACGUAAACAUUUUUGAAUGGAGCUAAUGAAAAUUACAGGUGAUUGACUCUAAAUUGGACUUGUUCGUACAAAAUUCAACCUGUUAUGCAUGAAAGAAUAUAACAAAAAACCUGUUUUUGAUGAACACUGUCUACAAUUAGAUAUGUGGCAAAUUUUAUAAAGAUUAUCGAAAUGGUAUUAAAAUAAUUGAGAAAUGUCUAA